GAUUCCACAUCUUCCACUCCACCCCCUGUAUAUAUAGUACGAUGGACUAAGCUAUUUUUUCACACCAACAAGAAAACUCAUCGAUCUAACAAUGGCGCUCGUACGCGGUCGGCCAGCCUCCUUCCUACUCCUCGUGACUAUCCUCUGCUCCGCAACCUUCCUUGCCGUCCCGGCCGCGGCCACGGGGAAGACAGGCCAGGUGGCCGUGUUCUGGGGUAGGAACAAGAACGAGGGGUCCCUCCGCGAGGCCUGCGACACUGGCACGUACACCAUAGCCAUCAUUUCCUUCCUCGACGUCUUCGGCCGCGGCUACUACCACCUCGACCUGUCCGGCCACGACGUCUCCGCCGUCGGCGCCGACAUCAAGCACUGCCAGUCCAAGAACAUCCUCGUCUUCCUCUCCAUCGGGGGCUUCGGCAAACAGUACUCCCUGCCGACCGCCCACUCCGCGGCGGACGUUGCCUACUACCUGUGGAACGCCUACAUGCUCGGCACCAGCAAGGGCGUCUACCGCCCGUUCGGCGACGCCUUCGUCGACGGCAUCGACUUCUUCAUCGAGAACGGCGCGCCGGACAACUACGACGAGCUGGCCAAGCGGCUCUGGAACUUCAACGAGGACUUCCGCGGCAGGACGCCGGUGCAGCUCACGGCCACGCCGCGGUGCGGCUACCCGGACCGGCACGUGGAGCGGGCGCUCGCCACGGGGCUCGUCGGCCGCAUCUUUGUCAGGUUCUACGACGACGCCGACUGCGCCGCCAACUGGCAGAGGCAGUGGGACAAGUGGACGGCGGCGUAUCCGUCGGCGCAGAUCUACCUCGGGCUGCCGGCGUCAGAGCAGAAGGUCGGUUACGUUCAUCCAAAGAACCUCUACUACGGCGUCAUACAGGUGGUGCAGAAGGCGGCCAACUAUGGCGGGGUCAUGGUCUGGGAACGUUACGAGGACAAGCGGACAAAUUACAGCAGCUACGCCAUCCAAUGGGCUUGACCCUCCGUCGCUCAGAUCGUCACCGUGUGGACUUGUUGUAUCCGUCCGUGUACUGCAUGUGCAUGUGCAUGUGCAUGUGCUUGCUUACCUUACAGUGAAUAAGUAUUGCCAGUGUGAAGUUGUGUGCUUUAUAUACAAUAAUAAAACGAGAGACCUCUGUGGAGGUUUGGCUUAA